CCACCACCAGCGGCGGCAACUGAAGCAGGGCAGUGGACGCAGAGGGCGCUGCGGAGCCAGGAUCUGUCUUCUCGGCGGCUUCCGUGGGAGAAGUGGAUUUCAGGCUUCCCGUUGAGUGAAAGAAUCGGCUCAAAACUGCUUGCCUCCCAGGGGCUGGGCCGGCUGCAGGAAGACUGCCCGAUGCAGCCUUCCGCCGAGACAUUGCAGGGCAGGCAGGGGAAGCCCGUCUACAGGGCCCGACCGGGAGCGCGAGCCCGCCGCCGCAGUUCCCCGGCGUCUGCGGGCGCGAGCACGCCGCGACCUCGCCGUGAGGCGGGGCUGGGGCGGGGCCUCGCCUGCACUAAAGAGGCCGAGGGGGCGGGGUGGCCACAAUUUCGCGCCAAACUCCAAACGGUAUUCGGGUGUAGCUGGCGAACUGGGAGGGAUCACUGCUACUGUGAUGGUUCGUCCGCUAAACUGCAUCGUUGCGGUGUCCCAGAACAUGGGCAUCGGAAAGAAUGGGGAUCUGCCCUGGCCUCCGCUCAGGAAUGAAUUCAAGUAUUUCCAAAGAAUGACCACGACCCCUUCAGUAGAAGGUAAACAGAAUCUGGUGAUUAUGGGUAGGAAGACCUGGUUCUCUAUUCCUGAGAAGAAUCGACCUUUAAAGGACAGAAUUAAUAUAGUUCUCAGUAGAGAUCUCAAGGAACUUCCACAAGGAGCUCAUUUUCUUGCCAACAGUCUGAACGAUGCCUUAAAACUUACUGAGCAGCCAGAAUUAGCAAGUAAAGUAGACAUGGUUUGGAUAGUAGGAGGCAGUUCUGUUUAUAAGGAAGCCAUGAAUCAACCAGGUCAUAUUAAACUGUUUGUGACAAGAAUCAUGCAGGAAUUUGAAAGUGACACAUUUUUUCCAGAAAUUGAUUUGGAGAAAUAUAAACUUCUUCCAGAAUACCCAGGUGUUCUUUCUGAGGUCCAGGAGGAGAAAGGCAUUAAGUACAAAUUUGAAGUAUAUGAAAAAAAUGAUUAAUGUGAAGACGUUUUCUGAUUUAUUUCAAGUUAUCCCUCCCUCUGAAAAAUUAUAUAUUUCUACCUUAGAAUAAAAGACUUGUGUUAACUUUA